UUAGCCGCACUGUUCGAUGGCCAGCAUCAGGCCGUACAGACCAGUGCGCAGAUCAUUAGCAUCAAUUGCGGCGGACAAGCAGCCAUCUGCGUUGGACCGGCAUCUUAUCAGCUCUGUGAAAGGAAUGUGGCAGUUGGCAGUGUCCUUCAGUGUCCACUCAGUACGCGCUGCGUUAAUGAAGGCGUGGAAAUUUGUGUGCCCGUUAAAGUGGAUCCCAAAGCGCCCUCUGCUGCGGUUGCCAAGAUGACAACAGUCACCGAUCAUCCGAUUACCGGUGGCAGAGCAUCAGCGGCUAUCAUAGAGUCCACGACUAGCUCCGGAGGCAUUGUGGUUGCCAAUAGCACUGAAGGCUUAGUGAUUCUCACUACAACUGCGGGCUUACCGCAAAGUACUACUCAGCUGCCCAUUGAGACAACAUCGACUAUCGUGGAGACGACAAAUGCACCGGUGGAGACAACUGCUGGUGCACCUUUGCUAACAACUGCUCAGCCAAUUGUUGAGACAACGCUUGCACAGGGAGAGACCGAAUCAACUGUUUCUAAUAUACCAGUGGAUACAACAAUUUUACCUUCUGAGCCCAUUACAACAGUGAGUCCAAAUAUCCCAAAUGCUCCAACUAAGCCAACUCUCCCGGAGGUAUCGACAUUACCGCCAGUAAAUCCAAGUGAACCAGCUAAUCCCAACACACCAGUUGAUCCAGAGGUAACAACAAUAUCACCGGACGACCCAAAUGCACCCUUGGACCCAAAUGCACCUGUUGAGCCAAAUACAACUGAAAGCCUUGAGGGUACAACUCUAUUACCCACUGGUCCACCCGUUCCAACAGAUCCGAACGCACCAGUAAGCCCGGAAGGCACCACUAUAUCUCCGACGGACCCAAACGCACCACUUGACCCCAAUUCACCAGUGGACCCCAAUGCCCCAGUGGACCCUAAUGCACCAGUGGGCCCGGAAAUCACUACCAUAUCUCCAGUUGAUCCCAAUGCUCCAGUUGAUCCCAAUCUUCCUGUGGACCCCAACGCACCAGUAGAUCCGAAUGUGCCAGUUGAUCCCAAUGCUCCAGUGGAUCCCAGCGCACCAAUUGACCCGAAUGUACCAGUGAGCCCAGAGGGCACCACCAUAUCUCCGACAGACCCAAUAGCACCAGUUGACCCCAAUUCACCAGUUGACCCUAAUGCACCAGUAGACCCAAAUGUUCCUGUGGACCCCAACGCACCAGUAGAUCCGAAUUCACCAGUCGACCCCAACGCACCAGUGGGCCCAGAGAUCACUACCAUAUCUCCACUUGACCCCAAUGCCCCUGUUGAUCCCAGCCCGACUGUAAAUCCGAAUGCACCUGUGGACCCUAAUGCACCAGUAGAUCCAAAUACACCAGUUGAUCCAAGUGCACCAGUUGAUCCGAAUGCACCUGUCGACCCUAAUGCACCAUUGGACCCUAAUGUACCAGUGGGCCCAGAGAUCACUACCAUAUCUCCAGUCGACCCAAAUGCACCAGUAGAUCCCAAUGCACCAGUAGAUCCCAAUGCACCAGUAGAUCCUAAUGCGCCAGUUGAUCCCAAUGCACCUGUAGAUCCCAAUGCUCCUGUGGAUCCCAACGCACCCGUGGAUCCAAACGCACCAGUAGAUCCCAAUGCGCCAGUUGAUCCCAAUGCGCCAGUUGACCCCAAUGCACCAGUUGAUCCCAAUGCGCCA